AUGGGAAACAAAUCCUCCACACCUAGUUAUCCGUAUUGGAAUCAUCCUUCAUAUUCAGUUCCAUUUGAUGGCAAACGAGGAUUGAAUGGAACUCCAGGUGUUUAUGUAGAACCAUACGUUCCUCAUUUCCAUCGGUCUAUGGUUUCACUUCAUGACUCUGGAUACUUAACCAGUCCCGGUGGUACGAUGGCUAAUCAACCACAUAGGAACAGUCGUUUAUAUGGUUCGAGGAUUAGUUUGAAUCAAAUGCCAAUGCCGGCUGGGCCACCUCCUAUUCCGGAUACGAAAACAUUAAAAAAGUUAGAAAAAAUGCAGAAAAAGCAUGAUAAGUUAGUGAAGAAAUUAGCCGCUCGUGGUCAGACGUAUGGAGGUCCUAUGAUGGUUGGCCCCAUGCAUCCAAUGGUUCAUCCACAACCUGCUGUCCCACCUGGCUCAAUGUUUCCUUACCCAAGGGCUAUGUCAUAUGACAAUCUUCAAAGAGCUCAACUGGAUAUGGCUGAAAUGAGGUUGCGCGAAGAGUGGAGAAAAGCUCAUCCGAAUCGAAAGGCAGAAACAACCACUAACAAAAGUACUGUAAGUAGUAGCAGUACGUGUGUGAGAGCUCCUCGAGCGCACGGAUCUUUCACAUCAUCAUCACCUGUCACUUCAUCAUCCGAUGGAAGAACUGUAGAACAAUGGAAUAGCUUCACUAGUAGUCAUGAAAAAACGACCACAAAUUCUUCGGAAUCAGAAAAAAACAACAACAAAAGUUAUGAGAAGACACAAAUUCAUAGUCCAAUACAAAACAUUCACUCUCCUUUGUAUAUGAGUACCCCAAAAAGUGAAUCAAAGGAUAAUAGAGAAUCCAAUGUACAUAAUAUCGUAGUAAAAGUUGAAAGGAAUGAUAAACCUGAAAUGUCCAGAAAAGAAGACACCAAAAUGAAAUCCAAUGAGAGCUCAAGUUAUGCUCAGCCGAUCAUACAUCAGCGUGAUCAAUCUUCCUUCGGUUCACGUACUUCGAUGGGUACAUCACAAUUUCGAUGUGAUCAAAGUGAAAUUGACUUCAGUUGGGUGACAGAGGAAGAAAACCGACUACGAUCGGAAAAAACAAACCGUAUUGAUGAUCUACCUGAAUGCUAUUUUGGAAUAGAGCCUCCCUUGCCAUCUUCUGCAGAUAGUCGUACGCUUUUCCAAUCAAACUCCAAAGAAGGGAAAGAAAAUCAGAAGCACACAUCUGUGAAGCAAGCUGCAACAAUCUUUGAAGAAGAAGCCAGACGAAUUCGUAGCCGAGAUCAACAUGUAGGUUCAACAAUCUAUUCCAAUUAA